AUGUUUUUCAAUUGUUUGAAAUCUGCAGAAAGCAAUCAGAGUGCAGAUAUGGCUAAAUGCUCGUUCAAGCUUGAACACCCAUUGGAGAAGAGGAAAUCGGAAUUCUCUCGCAUCAGAGAGAAGUAUCCAGAUAGAGUUUCAUUAAGACAUUUUGUGAUUGUUGAGAAAGCUAAAAAAUCUGACAUUCCUGACAUAGACAAAAAUAAAUAUCUAGUUCCAGCUGAUUUGACUAUUGGUCAAUUUGUGUAUGUUGUUCCUGAUGGGUUUUGA